CGUCUUGGCCACGCCUCCGGGCGCGGGCUCCGCCCCUACGCGGCCCGCGGGCUUCCCCGCCUGGCCACGCCCCCGCUCGCCUUUGGCCACGCCCCUCACGGCGAUUCGGCCCCGCCCCGCCGCGCGCGGCCCGUGGUCAGGGCGGGCGGGCCGGGUCGGUGCGGGGGCAGCCGUGCGGGACCGGGCCCUGCUGUCCCGCGCUUCCAGUGUCCCCAGGCGGUGCCUUCCUGCGGCUGCUGUCCCCAGGCAGUGCUCUGCUGUGCCACCACCGUUCCCCGGGCUGCGUCCUGCCCGGUCCCGUCCGAUGCUUCAGGCUUCCUCCCGGCGGUGCCCUCCUGCUGUCUAACGGCCGAUGCUCUUCCCUGCGCUCCCCCAGCAGCCCACGUCCCUUGCCUUGAACGCCCUUGAACCCCGUGACCUUGAACCCCUCACUUCGUCCGUGUCUGUUUGUCUUUCCAGGCCAGCUCAUCGCCUGCUGGUCACUGGGUGUUGACUCUGCGCAUUCCUCCGCAGCCAGUCACUCCCCGGGCUGGCACCCUGCCGGCCCCGCUCCGGAGCCACCGUGCCGGGCUGUGGCUGCUGGUAGCGUUGGGCACUUCACAUGAGGAGGUGGAAGAAGUGACCCUGGGUGACUGACGCUGCUCGGGGACAGGGGUGGGGAUUAAUGCCAGCCCUGGCUUGGGCUGGGGAUAAAAGCAUCAAGGUCUGCCCAGGGCUCAGCUUGUCUCGGCUCUCCCCAGGCAGCCCCGGGACCCAUCCUGCACCCACCGCCACCAUGACAUCAGGAUGGUCCUACUGGGUCCUCCUGCUGCUCCUGCCUGCCCCAGCCCACGCCGGGGGGCCUGGCCCUGUCCUCAUCAACCGCCCCUUCGUCACCAUCUGGAACAUCCCCACUGAGCGCUGCGCCAAGAAGUACAAUGUCACCCUCAACCUGGAGGUCUUUGACGUGUUGGCCAAUGACCAGCAGUCCUUCAUUGGGCAGGACAUCUCCCUCUUCUACAGCGAGGACUUGGGACUUUUCCCCUACUACACGGAUGAGGGGGUGCCAGUGAAUGGGGGGCUCCCCCAAAAUGCCAGCCUGUGGACCCACCUCCUCCAGGCCAUCCGGGACAUCAAGGUCACCCUGCCCAGCCCUGCCUAUGGUGGGCUGGCUGUCAUUGACUGGGAGAAGUGGCGCCCGCUGUGGAUCCGUAACUGGGACUCCAUGGACAUCUACCAUCAGAAGUCAGAGGAGCUGGUGCAGCAGAAGCACCCGCGGUGGCCCCUUGAGAAGGUGAAGGAGAAAGCCAAGGAGCAGUUUGAGCAGAGUGCCCGUGCCUUCAUGGAACAGACCCUGCAGCUGGGCAAGACCCUCCGUCCUGGUGGCUACUGGGGUUUCUAUGGCUUCCCCAGCUGCUACAACAAUGACUUUGACACUCUGCCCUACACUGGGAUGUGCCCGGUGGUGGAACACCAGAGGAACAAGGAGCUGUGGUGGCUCUGGCAGAGCAGCCGGGCACUCUACCCCAGCAUCUACCUGCCCCCUGCCUUGAAUGGCACCAGCAAGGUGCUCGCCUACGUCCGGCACCGCGUGGCCGAGGCUUUUGCUGUCCUCAACAGCAGCAUCCCCGUCCUGCCCUACUCCCAGAUUGCCUUCGAUUGCACCGUUGACUUCCUCUCCCAGGAGGACCUGAUGAACACCAUCGGGGAGAGCGCAGCUCAGGGUGCCGCUGGCAUUGUCCUCUGGGGCAGCCUCAACUACAGCACCUCCAAGGAGAUGUGCCUGAGGCUGAAGAACUACGUGGAGGGGCCCCUGGGCCACUACAUUGUCAAUGUGACAGCCAGUGCCGAGCUGUGCAGCUGGAGCCUGUGCCUGGGCCGGGGCCGCUGCGUGCGCCGGGAGGACAAGCAGGGCUUCCUCCACCUGGAUCCCUCCCGCUUCGCCAUCAACCUGGGAGCUGGCAAGCCCUGGCUGGUGGCACAGAGCCUGGAGACUGGUGAUGAUGUCUCCUGGCUGGCCAAGGAGUUCCGCUGCCAGUGCUAUGGCAAGUGGCAGGGACCCCGCUGCAACAGGUGGGGCUUUUCUGAGUGAGCUCACUCACCAUGCUGGGGACACCAGGGAGGGCAGGGUGACACCCUGGGGCUGGGAACCUGGCCACUGGGCUGGUAAUAAAA